AGAUAAAUAUGUCAUAGGGUAGAAUACCCAGUGAUUGGCCAUAUUUAAUAUUUGUGUUAGUCAUUGGCCCCCAUUAAAAAACUUUUAAAAACAAGGCACCACUGUACAACUAAUACUAAAUACCAGUAUCAAAUUCGUCUUCCAACAUUCAAGGCCACUUCCAUAAAAUUUCGUUGUUAAACAGUCUGCCAUUUGCGUGCUACAACUCGUUGUUAACAGGUCUCUCAGUCAUGUGUAGUAUUAGUUAGAUUUCUAAAGUAUUUGCUAAGGGCGACUACAUUUUGGUAAUAUUGAACUGAACUUUUUUGGAACAAUGCCUAAAAUUAUUGACGGAGAGAAAUAUCAAAAAAAGUAUACAGAAGAAGAGCUUCAAACUGCCCUAGAUGAAAUAAACAACGGGUUUUCAUUACGAGAAGUUUCAAGGCGCUAUAAAAUUCCAAGGGCAACCCUACAAUUUCGAAAAAGUAAAAAAUUUACGAAACCAAAUUUAGGACCUAAUCCAGUUCUUCUACCAGAAGAAGAAAAAAUUUUGGUGAACUGGAUUUUCGAAAAUCAUAGGAAAGGGUUUCCACGUCGAAAGGAAGAUGUGCAGGAAUCAGUUAAGCAGUUUCUUGAUAGUAAUCCCAGAGAUAAUCCUUUUAUUAACAAUCGUCCUGGCGAAACUUGGUACAAAGCUUUCCUACGAAGAAAUCCCGAGAUUUCUUUGCGUACAACAGAAGCUGUAACCGCGGCUAGCGCAAAUGUUUCGGAAAGUGACAUACGAAAAUGGUUUUUUGAAGUUGAAAGUUUUUUCAUAGAAAAAGGACUUACGGAAGUGUUACAGUACCCCGAUCGUAUUCUGAAUGCAGAUGAGACAUGUUUUAAUCUGUGCCCGAAAAACAGUAAAGUUCUAGCGCCUAGGGGGGCAUCAAAUGUUUAUGAAGUAGAACAUGCAUCGUCUAAAUCUAACAUCACUGUGAUGUUUACUUUUACAGCAUCUGGAGGAAUAACACCACCGAUGGUCGUGUAUCCAUAUAAACGGCUUCCUGCGAAUAUCGCCAAGUCUGUUCCUGGUGAAUGGGGCAUUGGCCUUUCUGAUACGGGCUGGAUGAAAGCAGAAUUAAUGUGUGAUUAUAUUGAAAACAUACUUUAUCCGCAUUUAAAAAAGGUGAAUACGUCUUUUCCGGUCAUUUUGUUUUUAGACGGUCAUCGAACACACAUGACGUACAACCUUAGUAUCUUAUGUAAAAAACUAAAUAUUGUUUUAAUAUGUCUAUAUCCUAACUCUACGAGACUUCUUCAACCGGCAGAUGUGUCAGCUUUCAAGCCUAUCAAAAGUGGAUGGAAAAAGGCUGUUAUACAAUGGAGACGAGAUCAUCAUUCAGAGACAUUAUCAAAAGAGCAUUUUGCAAAUGUUCUGAAAAUUGCCGUGGAACAAACUGGAAAGUCAGAAACAAUAAAAAGUGGAUUCAAGGCUUGCGGACUAUACCCUUGGAAUCCAAACGCUUUAGAUUAUUCCAAGUGUCUUGGAGGACAAAAAAUAUUGACAGUUGAAUCCGAAACAAAGUCAGAAAAUCUAAGUAACACAUUUUUAAGUUACAAAGAUUUCUCUCGCAUAGUAGGAAAUCGCAUUAUUCAAGAAUUUAACAAUGAUUAUAAGGAUGUCACAGAAAAUGAACAACCACUGUUGUUUAAGUUAUGGAAAAGUUUUAAACACAUUCCUCAGGCCAUAGAAGUGAUUCCGGUGGAACAGCAAACUUUAAAUAUGCCUACCGAUAGCACUGUCCAUACAGAAGAGCCUGAACCUUCCGAUUUCAACAUUAAUGAGAUUCCUGUAUUAAUUGUAAGUCACGAUCAAAUAUUAGAUGGGCUGCUGGAUGAAAAUAUUCAAAUUAUUAAUGUCCAAGAUAUGCCCCCUGAACAUACAGGCACGGAGCAAAUUGAACUAUCAAGGCCUAAUAAUAAUGAAAACACAAACGAACAAAGACCUCCAAAUCUGAAUGAGACUUUGCAGUUUGCAAAGACACCUAAACGAAAAGGAAACAGAAACACCGAAAAAAUAACAUAUGCAAUUACAUCUACCCAGUGGAUUAAAAGAAAAGCUGAGGAGGAGGAAUCUAAAAAAAAGAUUGCUGCAGAAAAGGAGGAGAGAAAAAGACAACGUUUGGAAAAGAAGGCUGUUACAGUAAGCAAAAUUUCCAAGAAGGUUAAAAGUUUAAAAACUGCCAAGAAAGAAAAAACACAAAGUAAAAAAACAGAGAAAAGUAUAAACCGAGAAAUAAAAGAUGAUGAUAAGCCUAAAAUGUUGAACAAACUUACCGAGCAACCUAUCUUACCAGAGAAGGAUUCUUUUAAUACAUGUGAAGACAAUUGGCUUCUUGAUAAAUUUUUGUCAGAUAUACCAUCUUCCUCGUCUUUUCAAGAUAACAAAAAAUGUGAUUUGAAAAAUAUUGCAAUAGAGAAGGUAAAAAAGAGUUUAUUUACCGAUGAGGUAAUGGAAACCUACAAGAAUAAUUCGUUAUUUAAAAAUCCUAAGCUGACUGAGGGUCUUUGCUUCUCGUGUACUUAUAAUUUUAAAGAGCAAAAUCUUGGAAUUAAAUGUAACUUUUGCCGAAGGGCCUACCACAUUUCUUGCAUAAAUAGACUUAAUAUGCAUAAAUCAAAUUCACAAACAUUUAGCUGCAAUAUAUGUCUAAAAAACCAACAUAAAAUUAAUUAAGUCUUAUACUUAUGUAUCAUUUUUUACUUUUAUAUUAAAAGGGAGUUAUAUUAAUAGGGAAUUAUUUUGAUUUUGUGUACUAUUUUUUACUGUGAAUAAAUACUACAUAUUUUAAUUAGUA